CGUGCUUUCAUUCGAAACACAUGGUAUUUUGUUAAAUAUUUUCAAGUUUCUUAUUGCUUGUAUUAUUGGUAUAUACAAUAAUUUAGCAAAAUGUCUGAGGUGUUUCAUCGGCCUGGGCCGUUAAAACAAACAAAUAAAGCUCACAAAACUGGGCGACAUCGGUCGAAAGGAGCUAUAGAAAAUGCACUGAAAGGACGGGUUUCACUUAAAGCGGUGUCGCAUAAACACAAACAAGAACAACGAAGAGAGCAGCGUAGACACCAAAUGAAUCAAAUACGUAAAAAGAAACGAGAAGAAGCGAGAUUAGAAAAACUACAGUUAGGUACUCAGCACAGCGCUCCAUUCAUGGUUUGCAUAUUGCCAAUGCAUCAACAAAUUGACGCGAAAUCAGCUUUAGCUAUAUUAGAGAGUUGUGAUGAUGAAGCUGUUGUACAAAGGGCAGACACUGGAGUUACCUAUAUUAAUCUACCACGUUUCAAGCAAAGAUUUUCUUUCAUUAUUCCACCAAUAGGACGUGGAAGUGAGGUAGAAGUGUUGGAUUACUUAAAGGCUUGUGAUACGACCUUACUGUUAACUUCAGCGGCUAUGGGAGAAGAUGAGGUAUUUGAUCGGUGGGGUCACCGGAUUUUCAAUAUGAUAUCUGCUCAAGGAAUACCCUCACCAAUUGUAGCACUAAUGGAUUUAGAAUCAAUAAACCCUAAAAAACGUGGUGAUAUUAAGGCAUCUGUUCAGAAAUUUAUAUCAAAGGUUUUACCAAAAGAAAAAAUCAUGCAACUGGAUACCAAUGCCGAAGGUCUCAACGUUAUGCGUCGUAUUGGUGGGCAAAAAAAGAAUGUUCCUCCAAAUAAAACAAAUAGGCCACACUUAUUCAGUGAUAAAAUUGAAAUUGAAGCUCAGUCAAAUCAAUUAGACGACAAUAUUACUUUGAAAGUAACUGGAUUUUUGCGUGGAGCACCACUUAAUGAAAAUUCUCUUGUACACAUUCCUGGGUUGGGAGAUUUUCAAAUGCAACAAAUAGUUUCCACACAUGAUGCUUUUAAAUUAGAUAAACGGACUGAACAUUUACAAGUACAAGUUCGAGUAGCAGACCAACAGAAGCAAACUACAUUGCAAAAAGAAAAUAUACCAGAUGCUAUGGAUGCAGAACAGACAUGGCCAACUGAAGAGGAAAUCAAAGCAGCGCAAGAAGAAACAAAGAAAACUAAGUUAGUCAAACGUGUUCCUAAAGGGUGGAGUACAUAUCAGGCUGCUUGGAUUCCAGAUGCUGAAGCGGUUGAAGCAAAAGAGGAUGAUAGUAGUGAUGACAGUGACAUGAGUGGUAGUGAAGAUGAAAGUAAUGAAGAUGAAGAGGAUGAGUUCAUGUCUUGUGAAAAUCAAUCUUUCGACGGAGAAAUGCAAAAGCCCGAUUCAGAUACAGAAGAGUUUGUAGAAACAGCAUCGGUAUCAGAUGCUGCAAUAAAUGACGAAAAAUAUGAUCUCCAAAUGGACUUUCAUGAAGAACGAGAAACUUUGAAAAAAAUAAAGGAAGCUCGUCUUGAUGAAUUGUGGCCGGAUGAAAUUGAUACACCACUAGAUGUUGAAGCGCGAGAUCGUUUUCAAAAAUACCGUGGUCUAGAAUCGUUUAGAACCUCACCAUGGGAUGUGAAAGAGAAUUUACCUUAUGAUUAUGCGCGAAUUUAUCAAUUUCAAAAUUUUGAUCGGACAAAACGUCGAAUUAUUUCUGAGGCUAAGGAAGUUGAUGGAUUUCAACAUGGCGCCUAUGUAACCAUAUACAUCAUAAAUGUGCCGCAAACUAAAUGGUUGACCUAUAUAUCAGCUCGUCAAACCAAAGGUCUUGUCAUAUAUGGUUUGCUACCACAUGAGCACCAGAUGUCAGUGAUGAAUGUUGUGCUUAAGCGGUUGCCCGAUUCUGAGGCACCAAUAAAGUCGAAAGAGACUUUAAUAAUACAAUGUGGAUAUCGCCGCUUUGUUGUAAAUCCAAUUUUCAGUCAACAUACAAAUGGAGACAAACACAAAUAUGAACGUUACUUCCGGCCACACACAACCGUCUGUGCUACUUUCUUUGCUCCAAUUCAAUUCCCCCCUGCUCCUGUACUAGCUUUCAAACUAAAUCCCGAUUCAACUUUAGCGCUGGUCGCGCGCGGUUGUGUGCUUUCUUGUAAUCCAGAUCGAGUAGUAUUGAAACGAAUUGUCUUAAGUGGACAUCCAAUGAGAAUCAAUCGCAAAUCAGCAACAGUGCGUUAUAUGUUCUUCAAUAAAGAAGAUGUCGAUUAUUUCAAACCAGUUAAACUACGCACAAAAUGUGGUCGUUUGGGUCAUAUAAAGGAAUCCUUGGGAACUCACGGUCACAUGAAAUGUGUGUUCGAUGGACAGCUACGUUCUUAUGAUACAGUUUUUAUGUAUCUAUAUAAGCGGGUAUACCCGAAAUGGACCUACGAGGAGUGCCUGAUACGUAGCGAUAAAGAUGAAGACAAGUUUGAGGACGAAAAAAUGGAAUAGCUCGAUUAAUGUACAUAUAUAUUAUAGUAAAUGUACUUUAAAUAUAUUUUACGAAUAGUUCAAA